AUGGAAAACAAAAUCAAUCGUGUUAGAUUAUGGCCACACCAACUCCCCUCUGUACCUCAAUACACUUUGAAACUAUACUACUCUGGAAAUCUUGUCCCCACUAUCAACCAGUGGACCACUUAUCUUUCCAAUGUAUUCAAUGUGUUACCCACGAGUCUUAGUCUCGAAUAUAAUUGUUUUGAGAACGGAACAAUCAAUAAAAUAAUGGAUGCCUACUGUACCGAUGUGAAUUCGAUGAAACAUGUCGAAUUGAUAAAUAAUGAGGAAUUAAAUCAAUCUAAGGAUGCCAUAAUUUCAUUUCUGCAACGGCAAAACGCAACUGAAAAAAUUAAAUUAUUGUUUCAACCGAUUACGGAUUUCGUGUUCGAUUUUAAGCUUCUUCGAAACAUUCCAAGCUGCAUCAAAUGCAAAUACGCAAAUUGGAUAACUUAUAAGCAACUUCUGGAAUUCGAAUCUGAAUCUGUUUACCUUAGUAGAUCAAAUUUCACUAACUCAGAUUUCAAGAAUUUAGUGGUGAAAUGGAGAAAUGGGUGGAAUCCAACUUGGAAGGAUUUGAUGAUAGAAUUUCGUGAAGAGUUGAAUAUAGAUGCCUAUAUUUCUGAUUCGUAUAUUGAGAUUAAUAGAGAGGAUCACUAUAGAAACGUCCUUAUGAGGGAUAACAAAAUCCGAGCAUAUCGAUUUGAAAUAGAAAUAAACACCGUAUUAGGAGCUGUUCUUAAAACAGGAUAUCAUCUCACUCGUCCGGAUCAGUCCAUUGCAACUGUGACAAUGGAGAACAACAAAAUUGGAUGGUUUCAUAUCCAGCCGAACAAUCCAGAUGGAAAAAUGAUAGCCCAAUUAUCUAAACGCACAUUCAACUUUGAUUAA